UAAUUGGCGCUACUCAAGCAAUUUCGAGCACCUUCAAUCAAACGCCAGGCGAAGACAUGAAGUACAAUGGGGUAUCUAUCCUAGUCGACAGCUUCAACGACCCACUCACGGUCGCCAGGACUGAAGGCAACCUCAUCCGGUUGAACGUAGAUUAUCUCCAACGCUACAGAGGAGAUAUGCAGGAAGAGUUCGCUCGAGUGAUGUACCACGAAAUGACGCGCAUCUUGCAAUGGACCGGCAAUGGUACGGCCCCUAGAGGGCUUAUCAAUGGCAUUGCUGAUUACGUGAGAUUGAAAGGCGGGCAUGCAUCCAAAAGCUGGCCGAGGAAGGGCUCAGGAUCGAGAUGGGACGAUGGUUUUGCAAUCACGGCUUAUUUUCUCGAAUAUUGCAAUGACCUAAAGCCCGGUUUUGUCGCCAACCUCAAUGCUCUCAUGAAGUAUUCCUACUCCGAGGCGUUCUUCGUCCAGCUGCUUGGGAAGUCUGUGCACCAGCUGUGGGCCGAUUAUAAACUUGCUUAUGCUACCAGAAGAAUCCCCGGCAGCGAGGAGGGCUAUCGAAAGCCACCCACCCGCAGUUUCGAUUCCCCCAGCAGUUUCUAUCAGCUUAUGAUUACGCACAGCCAUCGGAACAUACAUCGCCGAUCAUGGUCCGGCUAUAAAUAAGCGCUAUGU